GCCGCGCCCCGCAGCGCCCCGCGCCCACCAUGACGGCGGAGACCCACCUGCAGGGCGUGGAGAUCUCGGCCUCCCAGUUCUUCGAGAUCUGGCACCACUACGACUCCGACGGCAAUGGGUACAUGGAUGGGAAGGAGCUACAAAACUUCAUCCAGGAGCUGCAGCAGGCACGGAAGAAAGCAGGCUUGGACUUAACACCGGAAAUGAAAGCUUUUGUGGAUCAGUAUGGGAAGACUACUGAUGGAAAGAUAGGAAUAGUUGAGCUUGCUCAGAUAUUACCAACGGAAGAGAAUUUCCUGUUGUUCUUCAGGUGCCAGCAGCUAAAGUCAAGUGAAGACUUCAUGCAGAUAUGGAGAAAAUAUGACAGCGACCACAGUGGCUUCAUUGAUUCUGAGGAGCUUAAGAGCUUCUUGAAAGAUUUAUUACAGAAAGCAAAUAAGCAGAUUGAAGACUCAAAGCUAACAGAGUACACAGAAAUAAUGCUCAGGAUGUUUGAUGCAAACAAUGAUGGAAAGUUGGAGCUUACUGAACUGGCCAGACUACUCCCUGUACAGGAAAAUUUUCUUAUUAAAUUUCAGGGUGUCAAGAUGUGUGCAAAAGAAUUCAAUAAAGCCUUUGAGAUGUAUGAUCAAGAUGGCAAUGGAUAUAUAGAUGAAAAUGAACUUGAUGCACUACUGAAGGAUCUCUGUGAAAAGAACAAAAAGGAAUUAGACAUUAACAACCUUGCAACAUACAAGAAAAGCAUCAUGGCCUUGUCUGAUGGAGGAAAGCUCUACCGAGCAGAACUGGCUCUUAUUCUCUGUGCUGAAGAAAACUAGAACUCUUCUCUCAUGUCCACUUAACUAGUGAUGUACUCUAUCUACACAAUAACUGUGCACUAUAAGGGAGUAGGCUGUAUUUUUAAACUGCAUCUAGAAAAUUAGCCAGGAUGUGUGGCACAUUCCUUUCAGUUUGUUUCUAUACUGUUUGUAAUGUACAGUUUUUGUAACAAUAAGAUUGACAAAGAGAAUGUCUAUGUUUGGGUCAGUCUGUAUAGUCAAAAAGAAACAAAUAUGUCAGGGUCAGUUUUGUUUUUUGGGUUUUUUUUUUGCUUUCACAAACAUGGCUGGAAAAAAAAAAUUAAACCUGCUGACAUUGCUAUGGUCAUCAUAUCCUUUGACACUUGCAACAUUUCUUGUUGAACAAAACAAAAAGGUCUACAGACAUCCUUCCCCAUUACAACUAAAUGGGUGUUUUUAAACGUAAAAUAUGAAUUCAGAUUAAAUAUGACCUAGGUCUGAAAGAGAAAAGGCACAUUGACAUGUCUGAUUCCUAAAAUUUACCAAGGCACUAAGAAACACUUUCAGUUGUCAAACCACCCACUUACAGGUUUGUGCUCUCUGCAAGUUUUCAAUUACUCUUCUCAUAUAUAGCACGUAGACAAAGCAUUUAUCUUGGAUAGAUCUCCAUGCAGUAGUUGACAAAAAUACAGUGGUUUUAAUCUAGCUGUUUAACUUUACUGAAUUUAAACAUAGGCAUUGCAGAAAUAAAUGCCUUUAAUCUGUCUUGGAAUCCUGGCUAAAUGACAGGUAAUACAGUUAUUACACAGAUAAACAUGAUAUUAUAAGUGUACCUUUCAUGACUAUUGCUGUGUCAGAGAAUAUGACAAUCCAUUUUCUAAACUAUUUUCACAUUUUGCAGGUUAUAAUUAUUCUAGUAAAUUGCUGUUUUUACAUCAUACUCUGUGUAAUCUAUAAUUAAAUUUAAUAUCCUAAGA